UCACCACCAUCUCAUCAAUCAACAUGCAAGAAGAGGUCCUAGCCUUUACGCCUUCACCGAUGCGCUCUGAUCAGCCAUUAUAUAAAAGACCGCAAGAAGUGAAAUCAUGCUAUGAAGCAGCCCUGAAGGGCGAUAUCACGGAAGUAAGGCACCAAGUCGAACAACUCUUCCGUCGGCAUCCCGAUGCAAACCCAGCCUGGUUAUCAUAUUCUCUUGCUGCCGCUGUCGAGAAACACGAUCUCGAGAUGGCGCGGUUUCUACUCGACAAAAAUGUUGCACAUAUAGGGCUUCCUAUUGAGCUUGCUGUGCGAGAACACGCAAAGGAAAUACUGGAGCUCUUUCUUCAGUAUGGAUGGGGCAUAAACCAGCCUAUGCAUAGGAUUGAACCUCCUGCGUUGAGCAUAGCUCUCCGUACCGGCGAUCAUGACAUGGUAGAGUGGUUUCUUGAUCACCAUGCAGAUCCCAAUCGCCGCUGUGCCUGGGACAUGACCCCGACAUCGCAAGCAAUGUAUACCGCUUCUCUUGAAACGAUCGAGUACCUGUUCUCGCGGGGCGCAGACGUUCGACAGGGUCAGCUUCUCCACCACGCUGUCCUUAGGGCUAAGCCGGGUGCUCUUGAGCUGGUGCGCAGACUUGUGGACUGUGGUGCACCUGUCAAUAAGAUCAAAUACGAAGAUGAUCUGACAACCUAUCGGGAGCGUGUCCCUUUUGGUCUAGGUACUCCGCUCCACCGGGCGGCAGAGUUUGGGAAGACGGAGAUUGUUAUGCUUUUGCUGGAGAAAGGUGCUGAUCCUCUCAAACUGGAUAGUAAGGGCAAAACAGCACGGUUCUGGGCUGUACAACGCAACCACGAAGAAGUAGCUCACAUUCUAGAGGAUUUCGAAGGGCGUCAAAAUGAUAUUCAAAGUAUUAGCAUGAGUUGAAGGCAAGAAGAAUAAGACUUUUCUUGCUAGACACGGAACACAAAAGUACUACAACCCAAGUAUAGCUGACCGACGUGUUUGACACUCUUUAAGAUUUCCUAUGACAGAGGCGUUCUAUAGGUCCCGCAGCAAAUAGUCAUUCUCUUUCAACAUAGCAAGGCAAAUUC